AUGACAGCCAUUCCUAAAGUAUUGACAAUUGCUGGUAGCGACAGUGGAGGAGGUGCCGGUAUUCAAGCCGACAUUAAGACCUUGACUUCACUGAACGUGUACGGCAGCUCUGUAUUGACUUCACUGACCUCGCAAAACACGUUGGGUGUCGACGGCAUUCAUGACGUACCUACCGACUUUGUACGCAAGCAGUUGGAGGCAGUAUUAAGUGAUAUUGGCACCGACGCAAUCAAAAUGGGCAUGCUUUCGUCUUGUGCCAUUAUCCGCACGAUCGUCGAGACGCUGAAAAAGUAUCCCUACGACAAGCUCGUAGUCGACCCUGUCAUGAUCUCCACCAGCGGCUCCAAGCUAUUGGCUGACGAUGCAAUCCAGACGUUUAUCAACGAACUGUUGCCUAUCACCAUGGUGUUGACGCCCAACGUGCCAGAGGCCGAAGUCUUGCUGGGCAAGGCUACAGGAUCCAUCAAGACGUUGGAAGAUGUACGCGAGGCUGCAAAGCAAAUUGGUGCUCUGGGUCCCAAAUUUGUCUUGGUAAAGGGUGGCCACUUGCCUCAAGAAAUCAAUGGCCAAAAGAAGGUUGUCGAUGUGCUGUAUGAAUCUGCUACAGGUGCUUUUGACGACAUUGUAAACCCCUAUUUGGAUACCAAAGACACGCAUGGCACCGGUUGUACUCUUUCUGCUGCCAUUGCCGGCGAGCUUGCCAAAGGUCAAGAUGUACUUGGAUCUGUCAAGUCUGCCACAACAUAUGUUCAAGACGCGAUCGUGUCAUGCUUGGACUCGCUCGGAAAAGGCGCAGGACCAGUGAAUCAUUUUCACAAUAUCCACGCAAGACCUUACUCUGGCAAUAGCUUCGUUAAAGCUUUGGUCCAGUCUCUUCCUGAAGGUUUAUGGGAUGAAUUUAUCGACCAUCCGUUCGUUCGCGGCAUGGCUGAUGGAACAUUGCCUCGAGAAUCCUUCAUUUAUUAUUUGAAGCAAGAUUACCUCUACCUGCAGCACUAUGCGCGUUCCGCUGCAUUGGCUGCGUAUAAAUCUCCUAACAUUGAUAUGGCCGCCCGAAACGCAAAAAUCAUCAUGCACAUUCAGGAGGAGAUGCAGAUGCAUCUGAAGUACUGUGAAGAAUGGGGCAUCUCUAAAGAAGAUAUCUUGACGACCAAAGAGAGUGUGUACAAUGUUGCUUAUACUCGCUAUGUCCUUGAUAAAGGCGCCACAGGUGAUCAGCUGGAUCUUCAGGUAGCCAUGGCGCCAUGCUUAUUGGGCUAUGGUGAUAUUGGUGUAAACUUAUACAACGAUCCUAAUACCAAACGAGAAUUACUGGAAGAGUUGGCCAUUCAUAACGUGUCAACUUCGCCAAGCCGUUUCAAGGAAGUCUGUGAAAUUUUCGAGCAGGGUACUCGACUUGAGAUUGCAUUCUGGCAAAUGGGUCUCGACCGUAAAUAG